AAUUUAGCUAACAUACAAAGGCAAAGGAGAUACUGGAUACAUCCUUUGUGGCUAGAUAAAGGGAAAACUAGUGGUUCGUUCAACGUUAUGCAGGAGCUCAAUAUAUACCCUGAACGUUUUCAAAGUUUCUAUCAAAUGUCCAGUCAAUGUUUUUAUAAAAUACUAGCAUUAGUAAGGGUAGAUCUUAAAAAGAAAUCAACAAAUUGGAGAGAACCGGUCAGUCCAGAGGAGAGGCUGUUAAUAACGCUGAGGUACUUCGCGACUGGAUGUUCAUUCAAAGCCCGUUCCUUCUACUUCCUGAAAGGUCAUUCUACUAUACACGAGAUUGUGCAUCACACCGCCCAAGUCAUAUGGAAGAAAUUACAACCUGUCUAUAUGCCAAAACCUACACAAUGAAUUGUGGAAUCUUCCCAACUGUAUUGGUAGCGUAGAUGGCAAACAUAUUCGAAUAAAAGCACCACCGCGGUCAGGAUCUGCUUUCAUCAACUAUAAAGGG